UCCCGUUUAUCUUUCUUCUUUUCUGCUUGCUUGUUGAAAUUGAGCCACGUUGGUUGAGGAUUCCCGCAUUUGUGUGUUCUUUCGGUGACUACUAAAAUUUAUUUUUGAUUUAAUUUUUUACAACACGGUAAUAGACAUCCGAGAGCAUGAAAAUCUAUAAGGAUAUUAUAACUGGUGAUGAAAUGUUUGCCGAUACCUACAAAGUAAAGCUCGUCGAUGAUGUAAUUUAUGAAGUUUACGGCAAAUUAGUUACCCGUUCAGAAGGUGACAUACGAAUUGAAGGCUUUAAUCCUUCUGCUGAGGAAGCUGAUGAGGGAACAGAAACUAGUACUGAAAGUGGAGUUGAUGUUGUUCUUAAUCAUCGAUUACAAGAAUGUUUUGCAUUUGGCGAUAAAAAAUCUUUCACAUUAUAUCUAAAAGACUAUAUGAAAAAGGUAUUGACUAAAUUAGAGGAAAAAUCACCGGAUCAGGUGGAAGUGUUCAAAACUAACAUGAAUAAAGUGAUGAAGGAGAUUUUGGGUCGUUUUAAGGACUUGCAAUUCUUUACCGGCGAAUCUAUGGACUGCGAUGGCAUGGUAGCAAUGUGUGAGUAUCGCGAUAUUGACGGCGUUAGCACGCCUGUGCUUAUGUUCUUCAAACACGGACUAGACGAAGAGAAAUGCUAAAUAGACCAAUACUCAAAACAAAAAGAAAACUUGAAGCAGUCGCAUUUUUAGUUCCAAUUAUUUUAAUUUUAUUUUUUGUGUAUUGUAAUAGUGUUUGUAUGAUACUAAUCUCCCAUACGAUUUGGAUUAUAUUAAUAUAUUUUUUUAACUACUCUGAAGAAUACUUUGUUUUUUUAACAUCUUUGAAUAUCUACUAAAUAUUGUACUAAAAUAGCAAAAAAUGAUUUGAAGAAAAAGGAAUGAAAAAUGUAAAUCUUAAUUGAUAUUUAUAAUAUAUAAAUUACGUAUUUAUUUUUAUUUUUAUUGAAAAAGAAUGUACAAAGAAAGGGAUUAAAAAAGCUUAAGUCAGCCAGUCAGCUAGCAAGCA